CACUUUUUAUCAAAGGUCCAAAGAAUGCUUGAUUUUAUUACAACUUUUCAUUUGUUUUGAUUCUGAUAUCUGCCAUUUGAAAACACUACCGAUGCAACACUGUUCACUUACGUAAUUAUUUGGCUGGUUUGUAUGCAUGAUGGAUGAAACAACAGCCAAAGAAGCGAAGGAACUAGUUGAUGAGUUGAAAUUGCAAUCAGCAGCAGUGGAGGGACACUCUGUCUCUGAAGAGUCAGAAGAGACGAAAGAAACUAGCAAUGAUCCCAGGGUUUACACAGAUCCAAAUGAUGGUACUCAAUAUGAAUGGGAUGAUCAAAAGAGAGCAUGGUUUCCUAAGAUUGAUGAGGAUUUCAUUGCUGUAUAUCAGAUGAACUAUGGUUUUGGUAAUGAGGAGGGCCAACCACCAACUGGUAAUGAAGAAGAGAACAAAACCCAAACAACAGCUCAACCAACAAGUGCAGAGCUUACUGAACAGAACACCAAGCCUGCUGAAGAACCUGUUCUAAACACUGGCCAGAAAAGGAAAAAGGAACCUCCAUCUUGGUUUGAAAUGGAUGAAAGCAAGAAUACAAAUGUCUAUGUUUCAGGUUUACAUGAGGAAACUACAGAAGAAGAAUUUGUUGAAUUCAUGAGCAAAUGUGGGAUUAUCAUGGAAGACAACGAUACAAGAAAACCAAAGAUCAAACUGUACAGAGACCAAGAAGGAAAAUUGAAAGGAGAUGCCAGAUGUUGCUACCUGAAGAUUGAAAGUGUGGAUUUAGCUCUCAAGCUACUUGAUGACUCAAAUUUCAAAGGAAAGCAAAUUAAAGUGGAGAAGGCUCAUUUUGAAAUGAAAGGUGCAUAUAAUGCUUCUCUAAAACCUAAGAAGAGAAAGAAAAAGAAGAAAGCAAAAGGACAAGACAAAUUAUUGGAUUGGGUUGAUCGAGAGGAGAAAGUAUCAAAGCUAGAUCGUAUUGUUGUCAUUAAAAACAUGUUUGAUCCAAAUGAUUUUGAGAAAGAUCCAUCAGUGCUCUUGGACCUUAAGAAUGAUAUCAGAAAAGAAUGUGAAAAGUAUGGUGUUGUACGAAAAGUAAUGGUCUUUGAUAGACAUGUUGAUGGUGUGGUGUCCGUUGGCUUUGCUGAAAUUGAGCCAGCAGAUGUGUGUAUACGGGAGAUGAAUGGUCGUUGGUUUGCUGGAAGAAAAUUACUUGCUCAGAAAUGGGAUGGCGUCACGAAAUACGAAGUUGAAGAAACAGAAGAAGAGAAGGAAAAACGAUUAAAGAAAUGGGAAGAAUAUUUAGAAAGAAAAGAUGAAGAGAAUGCGUGAACAUUAAUUAUUUAAUGAAACAGAAUGACAUAUUCUGGUUGUGGUUUUUAUUCUGUACCUAACUGAUGUCUUCAAAGAAUUUCAGUAAAUUUAAGAUACGAACAUAAGAUCUGAACUGUCCCGAGCUUUAAACAAGAGAAAAGUUAGAUAAGGUUGAACGUGCUAACGAAAUGGUUGAACAACCGUCACAAAUACGAUUUGUGAAGGUAAUUUUAACCUCAAAGACGAUUACAAGAAAUACGUUACCAUAGAGUGGACUGUAAAAAAUUGUGAAAUGACUUUACAUUCAAUAAAGUGUUCCAACGUU